AUGUCGCGCUCCUUCUAUGUCGACUCGCUCAUCAUCAAGGACUCCUCACGGCCCGCGCCCUCGCUUCCCGAGCCGCAUCCCGGGCCAGAUUUUUUCAUCCCGCUGGGCAUGCCGUCCCCGUUGGUGAUGUCCCUGUCCGGGCCGGGCUGCGCGUCCCGCAAGAGCGGCGCGUUCUGCGUUUGCCCGCUCUGCGUCACUUCGCACCUGCACUCCUCUCGUGGGCCCGCGAGCUCCAGCGGCGGGAACGCAGGGGCCGGGAGUGCAGGGGCCGCGGGUGGCGGAGCGGCAGGAGCCGCCGGGGCCCUGCCCCUGCUCAAGAGUCAGUUUUCUUCGGGUCCUGGGGACGCACAGUUUUGCCCGCGCGUGAGCCACGCGCACCAUCACCACCACCCGCCGCAGCAUCACCAUCACCACCAUCAGCCCCAGCAGCCCGGCUCGGCUGCAGCAGCAGCGGCGGCCGCGGCGGCAGCGGCGGCGGCCGCGGCGGCCUUGGGGCACCCGCAGCACCACGCACCUGUCUGCACCGCCACCACCUACAACGUGGCGGACCCGCGGAGAUUUCACUGCCUCACCAUGGGGGGCUCGGACGCCAGCCAGGUACCCAAUGGCAAGAGGAUGAGGACGGCGUUCACCAGCACGCAGCUCCUGGAGCUGGAGCGGGAAUUCUCUUCCAACAUGUACCUGUCUCGACUCCGGAGGAUCGAAAUCGCCACGUACCUGAAUCUGUCAGAGAAGCAGGUGAAAAUCUGGUUUCAGAACCGCAGGGUGAAGCAUAAGAAGGAAGGGAAGGGCACGCAAAGGAACAGUCACGCGGGCUGCAAGUGCGUUGGCAGCCAGGCGCACUUCGCGCGCUCCGAGGAUGAGGACUCCUUAUCGCCGGCCUCGGCCAACGACGACAAGGAGAUUUCCCCCUUAUAA